CCGUGAACGCACCUUGCUGUUAACUUUGACACGGACAGAGAGCGAGAGAGAGAGGUCCGUGAACGCACCUUGCUGUUAACUUUGACGCGGACAGAGAGAGAGAGAGAGAGGUCCGUGAACGCACCUUGCAUCCACAGCAGCAGCCAUGGGGGGCCAUCACAGCAGGAACAGUCAUAGCCAGCUUCGAUCUGCGUCCUACAGUACACACCACCACUACCAUACCAAAGUGCACAAUUCAAUCAAUGGAGACCGCCCCUUCCCACCACUGCUCUUCCACCCGAGGACAAAGGGCUCGCGGAUCCUCAUUGACCCCUCGCAGAAGACCGUCAAAAGGAUCGCCAGCUUCUGUGACGGCAUCGUGUUCAGCAACAGACACGUGGCCGUCAACGAGGUGGUCCGACUCGAGAUCACAGCCAGCCAGCCCUCCUGGCAGGGCGCGCUACGCAUCGGUUUUACAACGGAAGACCCCUCCACCAUGAGCCCCGAUCGAUUGCCCAAGUAUUCCUGUCCAGAUCUGGCCGCUAAGCCCGGCUUCUGGGUGAAAGCGCUGCCGGAUGAGUUGCUCCAUACGGGGAACGUCAUCUCCUUCUGGGUGAACAUUAAAGGCAGCGUGUUCUACCAGGGCUACAACGGCAACCCCAAACGUUUGCUGAGUCAUCUCCCCGUCUGGCAGCUCCUGUGGGUUCUCAUUGACGUCUACGGACAGACCAAAGGAGUCCAGUUUCUUGACCGUGACCUUUACUCCGCUCGCGCUUUCACCGCCAAAAACACGUCCAACUUCCAGCAGAGGAAGCGCGGCGACCCGCUUCCUCUCAGCUUUUUCGGCGAGGAAUGCCACCAGCAAUGUGGCGACCACGACCACGUCCAUCCGGACCAUCACCCUCCUCGUUAUGACGACUGCUGCCGCCGUGACCCGAGCGUGCAGCUGCCGGACCGCCACAGCGAGAUGCGGCUGAAUCACCCACUCAAGGUCUUAGACGCAGACGUCCGACAUCCGUCACCCCCCAGCUCUCCCCUUCCUCCCUCUGUGAUUGACAUGGACACAAGUUUGUCUCACAAACCCAGAAAGGUCUACGUGAAGCAACGCGUGUCCGGCUCGGCACUUCCUUCACACGCAGGCUCGUCCCCACAACGUCCGCCAGCCCUGAUCUCGCCUACGUGGACACAAACCAGGAGCAAACACGAGUCCGUGUAUGCCAGCCUCAGCUCGGAGUCCAACCUCAACACAGCUCGCGAGAACCUGCUCAACUCUCACUCGUCACGUCCUUCCACAGAGGCGGAGCCAGAGCCCCCUGCGUGGGAGGAGUGCGUGGUGUGCUACGACGAGGCGGUGGACACGGUGUUGUACUCCUGCGGUCACAUGUGUCUCUGCCACAGCUGCGCCCUCAAACUGAAGAACGGCGAGUGUCCCAUCUGCAGGAAGAAGAUCACGGACGUCAUCAAGACGUACCGCAGCUCCGCACGACGUUGACCGACGACAUUUCUGGAGCCUUCUCUUGGACGAGCGCGUACCUAAAAGGGGCGGAGCCAAGAAGAUGUCGCGGUCCCAUCGUUUGGACGACACCUUUUUUUACGUAGCAGACGUUGACGCGCCGCGAUGACGUCACGCAGUUUGCUAGUCAGGAUUGAAGCAAGAACUUUCUACUUAGACAUCAAUAUGUGUAAAUAUGUCCAAUCUACUUAGACAUCAU